AUUGGACUAAAAAGCUAACAGACGCAUCAAGAAUAAAAUGUCCGGAGUGGAAGCUUUCAUUGGUAGCUGGCGGGAAGAGGAGAAAGAAGGAUAUGAGGAAAUGGCCUCGGCCCUAGGUUUACCAGCUGAAAAGAAAGAUUUUUUUAAGAACGCUCGAACGGAGAUAACAUACCGCCGUGACGGCGACUUCUGGGAGAUUGACGUGGGUAUGCAGGGCGUCCCGCAAACGCGGACCUUCAUUUCAAUAAGUGUUGUAACAGUCGAUGGAAAUAAACUUAUCGAGAAACACAUAGACGAUAACUUACAUGGAAUGGACAUGAACAUUACCAGAUAUAUAGCUGGAGGCCAAAUGAUCGUGAACUCAAAUUCGCAGACGAUGUCUGAUAUAAUAGCGGAAACAGCAUGAUAAUGCGAUACGAAACACAAGUGGGCGAUUUUCAAAUACAAAUCGCAUUUAGAAGAUUGAAGAUGUCUUCCACAUACCCUUAGUUUUAAACGAUUUGGAUCAUUUGAAAUAUGAC